AUGGCUCUUCCCGCCGACUACAAGCACGAGAUCGAAACUCUCGAACGCGAGGUCCUGCAGAACAAGCCCACCGACGUCCUGCAGUUCUGCGCAAACCACUUCCUCCGCCGACUAGAGUCUCAGCGACACGAGUUCCUGCUGGGCGCACAGCAUUCCAACAAGACAAUGGCCGAGAACAACUUCCCCGGCAGCAACCCUUUCCACCACAUCCAACAGCCUGGAAUGCAGCGUCUGGAGGAAGAGGAUGAAAUGGACACGUUUGCCUCGCCCACUGCAGCCUCCUUCCCCAACAACGCCAUGAACCGUGACGCAUCUCCCUUUGCUGCAAACGCAAAUCCCUUCGGUGCCAACAACUCCAACUCAGUCGGCAGCCCCUUCGCCCAAUCUCAGAACGCCGACCCUUCAGCUCAGCACAACGAUGGCUCCUUCGGAGGCUUCAACUUUGGUUUCGGCGGCGCUCAGAGCACAGGAGCCCGAGACCAGAAUGCUGGUGCUGGCGGCAACAGUCAGCAGUUGGAUGUACCGCAAAACUUCCCCAACAACUACAACAUGGGCCGUCGUGUGUCCGUAUCGGCCGAAGUGUUGGCACCCUCAGGCACCGACGAUUCGGACUGGAAGCCUCCUACCUACCCCAAGACUCAGGAACAGCUCGGUCGUCUACGUGCUGCAGUGUCGCGUAACUUCCUCUUUUCCCACCUGGACGACGAUCAGACCGAGCAAGUCUUGGGCGCUCUCCAAGAACGCAAGAUUCCGUCCAAGGACAUCAAGGUCAUCGCCCAAGGAGACGUUGGUGACUAUUUCUACGUUGUCGAGACUGGAAGCUUCGACAUUUAUGUCUCGGGAACCGGCAAGAUCGAGCCCGGUGUCAACGGCAUGGGCAACAAGGUCGCAUCGUGUGGUCCUGGCACCUCUUUCGGUGAACUUGCGCUGAUGUACAACGCUCCUCGUGCUGCAACCGUCAACAGCACCGAGCCCAGUGUCAUUUGGCAACUCGACCGCAUCACCUUCCGUCGCAUCCUGAUGGACAGCGCAUUCCAGCGCCGCCGCAUGUACGAGUCUUUCCUUGACAGCGUUCCUCUCCUCAACACCCUCACCGCAUACGAACGCAGCAAGAUUGCCGAUGCUCUCGAAACCCAGAAGAUGCCUGCAGGAAGCACAAUCAUCCGUGAGGGUGACGUUGGUGAUCACUUCUACAUGCUCGAAUCAGGCACUGCCGCCGUCUACAAGUCUGGAGUCGAGCAAUCGAUCAAGUCGUACAACAAGGGCGAUUACUUUGGCGAGCUGGCCUUGCUGGACGACAAGCCUCGCGCCGCAUCUGUUGUCGCUGAAACAGACAUCAAGGUGGCCAUGUUGGGCAAGAAUGGUUUCCAGCGCCUUCUAGGCCCUGUCGAGAGCAUCAUGCGUCGUGAUGACCCCAGGCAGCGUGCCGGCUCGGCUCAGCCCUCUUCUUCGUCUGCAAGACCUUUCUCCGACAGUGUUAACCCCUUCUCGUCGUCCUGA